AUGGCAGCACCACCAGUGCUUGUCGGAGAAGAUGUCGCACCAGCAGCUGUUCCCGAGCCAGAUGAUGAUGUAGUGGUGAUGCCAGCCGCAGAUGAGCUCGCGGACGAAGAGCCCGAAGCAGAACUCGAUACGCUGGAGGACGAUCCAGUCGACAUGGCAGAUGAUACCGUUUCGCAGCAGCACGCCCUGGAGAGUAAUCCCACUCUGUCUCUCAACGAUGGCGCUUCCGUCAACCUCUUUGCACAAGGAGCUGGCAUCUCGCGGCUUGGUUCUCCUUCGAGGCGGUCAAGCUCACGUCGCUCUGGCCGUCUCAAUGUCCGAGCCCGGUCCGGGCGUACCACGAGAUCUACCGGCUACGCAGAGUCUCAAUCCGAGAGUCCUAACCGCUUUGGCUCCGAUGCUGCCCGUGAUGACUCGACUGUCUUUGAUCAUGAUGAUUCCGGUUCUCCUGUUCGAAACCAACGUCAAGAGGACCACAACCAGCCGAUCUCACCCCCUCUAUCUGAGGCACGUCUCUCAUGUGGAGAGCGCCCUUCGGACGAAGCACUUAUUGCCCAUGGGGAGUCCUCUGGCGGGAUCUGA